GUUUACGUUUGUGGUUGUCACUAUUUCCGGAAGAGAAAUGGCUGUCGCUCUAGCUGUAGUGGAGACACCGUCCGGGAAAGAUGCAAUUGCAGAAGGACUGCUUGACCUCUUAAAACCAGCUGUCCAGCAGCUUGAUCUUCAUGUACACUCAGUGAGGGAAAGCCAGGUGGAACUACGAGAACAAAUAGACAAUCUAGCCACAGAGCUGUGCAGGAUAAAUGAGCACCAGAAGGUGGUGCUAGACCUGGACCCCUAUGUGAAAAAGCUGCUGAAUGCGAGACGCAGGGUGGUGCUGGUCAACAACAUACUACAGAAUGCUCAGGAACGGCUGCGACGGCUCAAUCACAACGUCGCCAAGGAGACGGCGCGUCGAAAGACCAUGCUGGAGACCUCUGGAGCGUUCACUCCUCGGUCGCCUAGUAAACCAUGACCACAGCCCCACUCCUUAACCUGGAAAACAACACAACUUGUCUGCCUUCCUCCUGGACUUAAUAAAGUUUUCACAUUCAACUUUACACUGGGGUUGGGCGGUAUCCAGAUUUUCAUACCUUCAUACCGUUCCUGUACCAUACCGGGUUAUACGGGAUUACCGUCAGUGUGCACAAGGGGCGCUAUUUAUUUUCAAAUGUAAAAAGUGAUAUAUAUAUAUAUAUAUAUAUAUAUGUUGGGGUCCCAACAAAUGAUAACAAAUUACUAGUGAAUUCCCAUAGCGGAUGCUAGCUAAAUGCUAACAAGCGCAAGCGAACAUAAAUGAAUUGCAAGAACAGAUAACCAUCUCAAAAGGCUACUUACAAUUUGCUCUAGUACAAAACAAAUGUUCAAUAGCAGGGAUCUUGAUCCAGUAGGGAUUGAUUGUCUUUGCUGUAACCGAGAAGCUUGAUCUAGCUGCAUAGCUGGAGCCCUGAGAUGGUGAUCAUUUAUUUGGCACAUCAUAGAUGGUUAAUUUAUAUUUAUAAGCAGUGGCAUAGCAGACGGUACUGAAAAUCAUACCAUCUGUAUUUCAAAAUGUCCCGGCAUACGGUAUGUUGCCCAAGCCUACGCUGUGAGAGUGGGUGGAAUAUUUAUUUCCAUUCUCACAGACUAAGGCUAUGCUCAUUUUACCUGCUGAAACGCCAACCUUACCUCUGCUUUGUGCUAAUGUAUCAACGUGUACAUAUCUUGUAUAGUCAUAAAUUACUAAUUUACAAUAAGCCAAAAGCAAUUAGAAGCAGGAAUGCUUUGCUUCAGAAACGGACACAACUUGAUACAAUGUUAAGAGUGUGCAAGCUAAAAUUAGAAUUGCAAAUAAAAAUAAUUUGAAAUCGA